AUGGGAAAUUCUAUAGAGAUUAGUCAAACGUUGUCUUAUUAGACCAUUCAAGGAUAGGAGAUCCUACUUCCGUUUAAAGAGUUAAAGGGAAAGUAAAAUUUUCCUAAAGUGCCUUCAAGAGAAAAAGAUGUUGAAAUUAUGUUUCAAAAAUGGCUAAGCAAAAUUGUGAUUGGAAGAAGGGAAAAAGAAAAAUUGAAAGGAAUUCCUCUGAAAUACAAAUUUAGAUUAUGUUACAAACAUGACUAAAUCAUUUAAGAGAUAACUAAAGGGGAAUAAUAUAAAUAGAAAGUAAUGCAGGAAACAGAUAAACUAAUUUAAAAAGUAUUAUCUCAACAAGACGUUGUUUCAUUAGAAGCUUUAUCAAGAAAUUUAACAAAUGAUGAGCUACUAGAACACAAAAUCACUUUAUUAGUUAAAGCAGAUCUCAUUGCCAAAUUAGUUGUAGAAUUGAAAACUCAAGAAUUGUUAUCAAGACAUUCCAAAAAUUUUAGGGACUAAAUUGUCAUUAUCAAAAUUUUUGAAAAGCUAUUGCAUCACGAAUCAGGGGUAUAAUUAUUAUGUGACACUUCUAAUUUUUUCCAAAUUAUGUUUAGUACUUUUCACCCAGUUGAACCAGAAAUCACAGGGUUGAUGCUUUAGGUUUUAGGCGGCAAGUCUGGUUUAUGUUGGCAACCAGAAUGCUUGGAUAACAUCCUUGAUGCCAUGACUGAAUUUUAAAAUAAUCACAGAUUAUAAACUAAAUUUGAUGUAAUAAUUCGAAGCAUUUACUAUACAAAGAAUUUAAUCACUAUCUAUCAUCUUCUUUAGUUUUUGUUUAACUUUCUGUUUUCAGUUGAAAAACCAGAAUCUGAUAUUUUGCAUAAGGAAUUAUUAGAAACAGUAAUAAAUGGUAAAAGGAUUGACGAAGUGUUUCAAUAAGUGAAAAUUAGAAUUGUCAAAGAUUACUAUUAAAUUGAAGAAUGCACAUAUUAAGGUGUGAGAUAAAAACUAGCUUAAUUCUAACAUCCUCUUGUUGAAAAAUAAUCUCAAGAGAAUGACUUUUUCUCCAUGUAGAGAUUUAAAACAAUUACAGAUAAACCUCCAAAGGAUGCUAUUAAACCGAACAUUGAGUUUGAUCUUGAAGAAACAGGAAGAAUUAAAUUCGAAAAUUGUUUUUACUUUGAAUAACACGAUAUUAAGCUUUUUAGCAUUCUCAAAGUUCAAAUUUUUGAACUUAUGGAUGGUAUCUUAAACAUAGAUUCCAUUUUAAUAUAAAUUGAAAAUGAUGAUGUCGAUCAAACGGAAAUUGUUUCAAAUCCAAAUAAUGUCUUCAAUGAAAUGUAAACUUUGGCUGAAGUAGAUGAAGAAGAGGAAGAUGAUUACGAUAAUAGAUUAGUCAGUUUUUCAAAAAUAAGGAAUAAUGAUUAGUUUAGAAACCAAGGAAAUAUGAUCAAAUAUGCUAAUGCUAAUUUACAAUAGGAGUACAAUUCACUAGAGGAAAAACAUUAAAUUCUAUUCUCUAAAUAUGAGGAAACUGAAAAAUAAUGUCGGGAAUUAUCUCUCUAAUUAAUUGAUGAACAGUAAAAAGUCAAAAAGCUCGAAGAAUAAAAUGAAAAAUUGCUAUAUCAUUCUACAAGUGAAAACUAAGAUUAAAUUUAAACAUUAGUUUAAGAAUAAAUAGAAUUUCUGAAAUAAUAGCAUCUCAUUCAAAUCACUUAAUUGUCAGAAGAAUUAACUAAACUGAAAGAGUAAACACAGAAUUAAACUUUAAUUGAAAAUUAGUUAAUCAAUUAAAUUUAAAUCGAAAGUACAAAAGUGUAAACCCAGAAAUAAUAGAUUGAUUUACUCUAGCGAUAUAUUGAUUAAUACGCAUCAAUGCCUAUUUCAUCGAUAUCAGAUAAAAAUGACGAGAAAUUAAAUGAAGUCUAAAAAUCUGAAGGUGAAUCACAAGUUAUUAAGGAUAUUAAAGAUAACAACGAUUCCUAAAAAUUAAUAGAAUAACCAAUUGAAGCAGAGGAUAAAUCGAAGGAUGAUUCAACAUUAGAAAAAUCAAGUGAAAAUUAGUAGGUUCAAAAAACUGAACAAUAAGAAUAAAAUCAAACUCUUUAAAUUGAGAACAACAUAAUAGAUUAAAAUUUAAAUUAAGAAGUAGUCAAAUCUGAUACAGACCAAUUAAAAUAAUAAGAGAAUGUAAAAGAGACUAUUACUGUGAAAAAACUAAUGGUUGACUCUGAAACAUAAACAAAUGAGAAAAUAUAUCAAACAAAAGAAGCCUAAACUACUUUUGAAUUUCCACCUAACCCUUAAACUUAAGUAGCAGCUUAAGUACAGAAGGAUUAAAAGGCUAACCCACCUCCUGAACCACCAACAGUAAAGGUAGCUCCACCUCCUCCUCCACCACCACCUCCUAGUCUAAAACCAGGUGGCCCUCCUCCACCACCUCCUCCUCCUAUGAAAGGAGCCUAAUAAGCACCUAAACCAUAAGAUAUUCUAUUUCCCUUCAAUAAAACUGAACUUAUUCCAUCUGUUCCUACUAAACCUAUAAAUUGGAUUUUGAUAUAACCAUAAAAUAUGAAAAAUACAAUUUAUGAGUAGAUUUAUUAGGAAUCCUAUGAAAUAGAUCCAAAAUAUUUAGAAACCUACUUUUAUAAAAUUUAAUCAGCACCAUCCACUUAAUAGCAAACUAAUGAAAAUUAGAUUGUUAAGAAAGUAGUAUAGACCAAGAUACAACUAAUAGCAACUGACAGAUCCAAAAAUAUUGAGUUAGUAUUGGGAAAAAUAAAGAUACCAAAUGCUUUGAUUAUGAAAUCAUUGUUAUCGAUUGACUUAAACAUACUUACUGAUUCUGCAAUAGAUUCUUUAGACACAAUAAUCCCAACUGAUGAGGAAAUUAAAAUUGUUAGUGAAUUCUAGGGCCAGAGAGAUUUGCUUGGAGUUGUUGAAACCUUUAUUGAUACUAUUAGAUAAGUUAAUGGGUUUUAAUUUAGAAUCAGAUCACUAAAAUUUAGAUCAGUCUAUGAUGAUUACAAAUAAGACUUAAUUGAUAAAUUGGGCAUUUUAACAUCAAGAUUUUAAGAGAUAAGAAAUUUAAAAGGAUUAUAGAAAAUGUUAUUAAUAACUUUGAAUAUUGGAAACUUUUUAAAUGCCAAAACUCCUAGAGGCAGAGCUUUGGGCUUUAAAAUAGAAGCUCUUGACAUAUGUGCAGAAAUUAAAACAUCAGACAAUCAAAAUAAUAAUUUAUUAUUGUACAUAAUAGAGAAAACUGAGUAAAUAAUAGGAUGUGAAAUUAUUUCUGAAGAAAAAAUGAAAACAUUUGAGGUUCUUUAGAGAGUGCCAGUCCAUUAAUUAGUAGUUGAUUUGGGAGACAUCAAAAAAGGUUGUAGCUUUAUAAAAAAAGCGAUGGAAUCAUAAACAGAUGAUCCUCAAGAUUUAGUAUAAUAGAAGUUUAAGGAUGGAUAUGAAUCUAUCACAAAAGACAUUGAAGAACUUGACAAGAAGAUAAAUCUUUUAGAAGAGGAGUAUAAAAUGUGCGCAUAAUUUUAUGGUGAAAAUCCCAAAGAUCCUUCAGAUAAAUUUGGAGAUAAGAUAUUGAAAAUAUUCAGACAAAUUUUAAGAUAAAAAUUAGAGAAGUUGUAAAGGGAAGAAAGAGCAAAGAGAUAAGAAGCCUUAAAGAAAAGAUAGAUGAUGAAGAGUACACCAUUAACAGCAAGAAGAGCAGAUGAAGGACCUAAACCACCUCCGAAAGAAGCAUAAAGAUAAUCAGUCUUAAAACCGAUUAUUCCGAGAUAAUCCAUCAAAGAUCCUAUAAAGCUUGAAGUGCCUGGAAAUAAGGGACCCAAAAAGAGUUUUAUAGCCAACGAAAUCAGCUAGCUACGUCAUAUGAAAUAGGUUCGGGCUAGUAUUUUAACUAUUAACAAAAAAUGA